AUCGGUGUCCGGGAGUGCCCGGACAGGCCGUACGUGCACAUAGUGCCGCUGUGCAUCCCCUGGCGAUUCCUCCCGCGGCUUAAAAGCAUAUUAUUCGGCGGCAUUGGCAUGCGGAUAUCCGGCGUCACAGUCGCACCGACAGUCAAUUGGCAUCCCAGCUUCUUCAGGCUCCUCUCGUCGUACAAGUCGGUGACGAGUUUGUAUAUUGUUGGUGGUCACUUUCGUGACUUGCGCCGGAUCGUCGAGGCGCUUCCGGCACUAAAGGAUGUCCAUUUCAUGCAAUUACGCUUCCUAGGCGCAUCUCCUGGCGGACAGCCGAGUCUGAUCCAGGAGCCUGGACGUCCUCGAAGACGACCGUCACUGCGCUACUUGCGAUUAUGUUACGCGGUGCCUGACUUAUUGCUUUAUCUGCACUUGUUCUCUGGGGCUGAACAGAUCAUCACCGAUGCAGAAUGUGGGACAGCAACGUUUCCACGAGGAAACAUGGCUGUGGCUCUUUUCCCUGUCUCUCGACUUGAGCUUUGGGGCAUUGACAUAUACCAUACCGUACCAUCCUCGGGGCUUCUCGUAAAUACAGCAGAUGCUACAAGCCUGGUACGCAACAUACCUCUCGAAGAGAUCGCAUAUACCUUCUUUAUUCACAAAGACUACGCCGAUUUUCGGUCAACAAUCCAAGCAAUAGCGACCAUGCUCUCUCAGGGCGUAGGCGAGAAAGUUACCAAAAUACGCAUCGAGCUUGCCCUCUAUUUCGAUGGUCUUGAUAAUUUCCUGCCGUAUGAACCUGACGACGGCCCCGCUCCCCCCUUGACCUCGCCACUGUACGUUUCGGACUGCAAAAUGUGAUCGCGGUCGAGCUGGUCAUCGAGUAUGUCUGGGGCCGGGACCUGAGACCUACGCUUGUCACCG